GUAUUGUUACACUUCAUAUUUUCUUGUAUGCGAAAACGAACUUUAUUUCGCGCAUUGCGUUGUUACUUGGAGUGAUCAGGAUGUAAACAAUAUGGCGUCGAAAGGGCAGCAAUGGUAGCAAGUGAUGUUGCAGGUAACAGUCGCAGCUGUGAUGAAGGCCCCAGCCAGAUAACCAGUUCCAUUAUGUCAGGAGUGACUCCAGAGGGGCCAGACAAGCUCUCCAAGACUGACCCAGAUGCUGUCCUUGCCAUGGAUCUGGAAUACACCAUCAACAAAAGAAACGAGAAAUGUGUCAGCCCGUUUCCAAACUCAUCAAAUAAGUCAGUCAAGUCUAGAAUGUCUGUUAAAAAAGAAGGAACCUCCUCAUCACUGAAAACAAGAGCCAGACAGAUAAAGGCACAUGAGCCUGAGCCGUUCUUGUCAGUGGACACCCUUCCAGAUGAUAAAAGAAAUCUAUCCACAGAGGGAUCUGCUAGACAUGAUCGCCAGAGCGUGGCAAGGAGACAGUCCACCACCUGGGCCAAGCCUGUCACUCCCAUCGGUCAGAGGGGGAUGUCUCGCUUCUCCAUGUACUCCUCUGCCAGCGUACCAGCCAGACACACCUUGACUCGGAGCAGCCGGAGUGGUGUGGCUACAUCCAUGUCUCACAGAACCAUGCCUGCCGCCAAUAACAAAGUCAGGACUUCAAACUCACACAUCAAGAUGCCAUUCAAGCACUCCGUACACAAGCCUGUCGUCCCGGUGCCACCAGAGUCGGGGAGUCCCUCCCAGGAGCUGAAGGACCGGACGGCCCUGGCCACCUACCACAUCAACAAGAUGCUACAGCUGGACACUCAGGGCAGUGAACACAGGCCCAGGGGCAAACUCCUCAAAGCCAAACUGAAGCCACUCUACCCAGUCAAAGUUCAAGGCCCACACAUUGAACACUGUAGAGGAAUUGUUGCAGACACACAUUCGUACAGCGCCAGCCCGAGCAAAUCCUUGCAGCGCAGGAAGCAGAUUAUGUCCAGUAUGAAUGCUGGUGAGCUGAAGGACCUGAUGGACCGACCACGGACUGUGGAGUCUAUACACCGCACAUCUGUCGCCUCCAGUGUGGAUGACAACCGGGACAACUUGCUGGAGGAAGACAUCCGGCAGCUCACUCACGGGGUUCCCCAAGCUUCCUCCUCCUCCACCUCCUCCCUGCCCAGUGUGAUGACAGUUCCGUCACAGACUCAACAAGGUAUUAGUGAAGUGACUCAGCCCUCAGACUUGUCCUCUGCAUCUCCCAUUCUUUCACCCGAAGCCAGUGAGACCCAGCUCCGAGGAUCAUCUCGGGACUCAGGCAGAGACUCCAGCACAGUGUUCCUGACAUCCGGCAGAAGUGUGGAGGCUCUGACUGAUGACCCUGUGUUAGGGGAGGUAAUUCCACCUGAAGUGGAAACUGCAUCAAGGGAGGUAAUAGAGAUGGUCGAAAUGCUGGAGAAGAGAAUAAGUCUUCUUGGAAACGACACAAAGGACUUGAUGGAAGCGAAGGGCCGAGAUGAUGACAUGGAGGCUGAGAAGUGCACUGGUGGAGCAUGUGAUAAGAUGACCGAUGUGAUGGCUGAUACUGCCCAGGAGGAGCACCAGAGUGGGAACUCAUCAGUCGAGGGAAGAGUCCGACCAUAUAGUGCUACAACCCAACUCACUCACAACUUCAGACCAACAGGAACCAGACCCCUCUCAACUGGCGAUUUGUCUCGUCGUAAAAGUACAAAUAAAUCAGUUCGUUUUGCUGAUGAGGCUGAAAGCCCCACAGUAGAAGCAUGGAAUAAUGCAAUGGUUGACAAGGACUCCAAUAAUAAUGCAUAUGAAAGUGAGGGUAACAUGCAUUCUUCCUCUAACAACUCUAAGUCACGAUGUAAACCCAGUGAGAUAGAACUGAGCAAAGAACCUGAGGAUCCUGAUGAUGACAAAGAGAAUUAUUCGCCAAAGAAGUCAGUGUAUUUUCCAUCUUCACAGACAUUUUCACAAACUUUGGCUUCAACAACAACUCAACAAUGCAUCCCAAAUAAAACUCCUGACAAGACAACAAGGGAUGCUACUGAAGCUGCUACUCGCACAUCCUUCAUGGAGGAAUUCCUUGCACAUGCAGCACCUGUUGAUGAUUCAGUCUGUUCCGUCAGCUCGGAGGAGCCCCUGUAUGAUGCUGUCCAAAAGGAAAGGAGGACAUGUGAAGACAAAGAAAAAGGUACAAGGCCAUUUCCACUUGUUUCUCUGUCAGAGAGAAUUGCAGCUGCAAACAUUUACAUGACAAAAUCUUCAUGUGAAAGUAUGCCUGUCAUUGAACUGGACAAGGUACGAACAGAGGAUGAGGAUGAGGAGGACAUAGAGGUCAUCUUGGUAUCUGAUCCACCACUUGACGAAAAGUUCAUGGAAUCUGAUCCAUCAGUUAAUGUAACUUUCUCAUCUCAUGAUAUGUUGAAUCAGUUUGAACAUUGUUAUGGCAGUGUGAACAAUUUGAUAGAGAAACCACCUGUCACUAAUCGUAGAAAGAAAACUAAGGGAAGGGCAACAACAGCCUCUGAAUCUAAAAAACGUCCUACCUCUCCUCCUCGUCCUGGAAGUCCUGGCAGAACCCAAAGGAAGGAAAGUAACUCAUCCUCAAGAGGAGGAAGGGGGAAGAGGAGCGACUCGCCUUCAAAGCCCUCUUCAUACAGGGUAGGAGCAAGACAUCAUUACCCAUCAGAUCUGAUCGACAGUGGUGUUGAUGCUGCAUCUGAUAAACCCAUAUGUAAGACAAAUUUCCAAGGACAAGGUAAAUCUCGUUCCACUCGCAUAAGACCAAAUAGCGGCCACUCUGUCAGUAGUUACAGCAGUCAGACAAGCAGCACAAGUUCAGGCAGAUUAAAAAACAACGUACCAAAUUUGAAGUUGAAAAAUCCAAAUGAAUCUCAUGUUGAUGAGGAAAUUGAGGCCCUCACAUUUGAUGACCUGGACCAUCAAAUAGAUUUGAUUCAAUCUGAGCUGAAGAAAAAUAUUGAUCAGCAGGCUCAACUCCUGAGCGAGACAGAGCAUCUUCGUCACUCACUAAAAAGUAGAGAGGACCUUUACCCAGGUCCAGAUAAGGCUGAUGACAAGGAUGGAGGAUCUGUUUGGUGUCCAGCCUCAUCCCUUGGGCUUCAGUCUGAUGGCUACUACCAGUCACUUCUCACGGCCUACCGGAAGAAGUGUAUGGACAUGAGUGAGAACUGUCUGAUGAUUAGUGAACACAUCACAACUCCAAGAUGGCAGGUGGCAGACACAGGUUCAGGGGGAACUGGGAGUGAAGAAAAGGCAGCUGAAACACCUGAAAGCAUAUCUCAGAACACGGAGGAGAAAGUGUUACAUACAGAAGAUUCCUCAACUACGGACAGAAGGGAUGGAUCUGAAGAAAGUCCAGAGCAUGACACUGGUUGUGAAGGACUGACUGAGAUUUCAGACAAGGAAGACGAAGCUGGCGCACCACCAGAGAAAGCAGACAGUUUCCUGCGGAUGUUGUGUACAACUGUGGAGGAGGUGGAACAGCCCAUUGUGAAGCCUACUUGUUUGGAGAUAGGACAAGACCCCAUCUCCACCACCAAGGAUCUUAAAGUUGUAGCAACAACCAAGGAAUUAUCAAAACAGAAAGUGAAGACAGCUGAGAAACCAUCUGCUCCAUUCCCUCCUUUGUGCUUCGCCAUCAACGCCCGGCCACCACAGGGGUGUCUGUACUACUUCGCCUACGGGGCAGACAUGAACACUGACAGGAUGAGCCUGUACUUGAAGAGAGAUGUCAGUCAGCGGUUCUGGGGGCUCCUCAUGGGGUUUAGUCUGGUCUUCAACAAGAAAGGUGCAGAUGUUGAGGCAGGAGGCUUCCCCAACAUAGAGUUCAACCCUUUCUGCUCUGUGGAGGGCUGUGUGUAUCAACUGACUCCAGGGGAUCUCAGUGUCCUGGACAAGUGUGUUGGAGUUCCACAGCAUUACUGCCACGUGGUCCUGCCUGUGUGGAUGUCCAACACCACAGACCCAGACAAACUCGGAGUGGCUCAGUACUGUGUGCCAGCCACCAUCUACAUAGCACAGGAUGAAUGGGUGGACAGAGAUGGUGGCCUGUCAACUGAAUACAGCAUCUCCCAGUGCAGCAAGAGUGCCGACCUGCUCACCCCGGCCUACAGAGCCCACCUGGCCAAGAUGGCUACUGUUUCAGCCCCUGUGCUGCAGCCAGCCACAGCAUAGCAGUACCUGACUGCCACCUCCAGAAGGGCACGCUUGAUGCACCACUCAACAUACUUGAGGUCUCCCCAGCUGCUUGACCAGUGUCAUGAAGCCUCCCCAGCUGCUUGACCAGUGUCCAGGAUGAUGAAGUGUGUAUCUUAUGCCCAGCUAAGGCAGAACUAGAAAAGUAUUAUUCUGAAUCGAAAGCUAAUUUUAGCUAAUAUUUUAAAACUGUAAUUUACACAAAACUGCUCAAUUUUAUCUACAAUUCUGCAAAUAUUUACUGGCAAAACUGUUUGGCAUAAAGAUGUAAGACAUACCUUGAUUAUGUAAAGCAAAUGUUAAACACUCUUUGUCAUUAAGAAAAAUAUAUGCAAUAAGAAACUGUUUAUCUGUAAAGAAGUACGCUGUGUUGAAUUUUCAGCGAUUUGUUAGUUGUGGUUCAGAUUUAUUGUUUGGUUGAGCUUGUUGCAAGAAUAAUUUUGUAGUUUCUACUAACAAGAAUGCUAGUGAAUAUAUGUAACUUUAUUUUGGUAAAAAAACAUUUACAAAUAUGUACAACGAUGCGAAUUUGGCAAAUAUUUAUGUCUGUACAAUUGCUGAAAAAGGAUUAAAACUGAUUUAGUUUUUAAGUAAUUACACAGACCAUGUGACAGUUACAGAGCUGGAAGCUUAUAGUUUGUUGUUUUUGUUUUUUGUUCUGUGAAAAAAGUGAACAUGAUGUAUUUAUUGUCAUACAUUGGUACUAACACUGUCUCACAUUGAAUUUGUUAUCCUAUUAUUUGGGUGUGCCACACCUUCUUAUGAUAUCUGUUUUAUGUGUUGAACUGCAAUGAAAUUGCACACUGCUGUGAUACUGAAACACUGCUGGACUUGUGUUGGGCCAUGGAUCUACGUUCUAUAUACAUACAUCUGCUGUACUUCAUGUGGUACAAACACUUGCUGGCAAAGAUGGAGAUACACUUCAUCUGAAAUUUAAUCAAGUUGACUUAACUAAGGACUCACUAUAUUCUCCAAAUAAUGUUUUUUAAGUGAUUUUAUCUUUCUAUGUCUUUAUGAGAAUAGAAGACCAUGUACUCCAAGAGAAAAUAAGCCUAAUAUGUAAUAUGUGUAUAUAUUGUAUGAUGAGAUUUGUUGGUGCAGGAUUUGAUUGGUAAGAGUUGGGUGACAGUUUAAAUAAGGUCAUGAUCAACCUGUGGUCUCCUUGUAUUUUAAACAUAUUUAUAGCUCAUUGUUUAUUUUGAUACUGCCCGGAAAUGAAACAAAUACAAUGAACUGAGUUUACAUCAUGUCCUAGUGUUAAAGUUGUGUCAAGAGCUUGUGUUGCUUGUCAGAGUAGGCUAUGUGGACUACCAGGGACACACUGUGCUGUAUCAGAUGUUUCACUGUCUGCUGUCUAUCCAUACAUAGAACAGUUCCAGGCAGUUCAGGGAGCAUGCUGUACAUCUGAUGUGAGUCAGAUGAAGAACGGUAUCGGCAUCAUUCCUUAUGUGAUAGUUUAACAACAAAAUAUUUUUGCAAUUUACUGAUCAGUUCAGUGCUUAAUUGUCUUGUUUCUUUCUUAUGAAUUACAUAAGGCUAAAAAUAAUAAUGGUCUUGGUUCUCAGGUACCACCUGCAUCAUCAUAAAGUCUGCCGCACUGCCAUUUCCCCCCAAAAUAAAUAAAUCCUAAUACUUAAAAACAAUGCAAUCCAAUAUAGCACACAGUUACUUCCCUUUACAUGCACACUGCUUCACUACGCAUCUCGUGUUGUGGUCAUGGUGGAAAUAUUUGGUUGUUUAUUUGGUUGCAUAAGACUUUGAACAAGCCCAAAAAAAACACCGCCUGCCCACACUAUUUUUUCCAAAGUCGUUGCCUGAGAACCGAUUUUUGAUUUUUUUAAGGCUAACAUAUCUGUUUUUUUGCUGCAUCUUGAAAAUUAUAUGAUAGGUUGUUGUAACAGCAACAAUCCCAUUGGAGUAUCACAAUGCACGCCUAGCGAUGUGCUCCAAACAUAUCUCAAAUGUGGUGAAAGGUAUUCAGUGUUGAUUUUGGAGCCAUAAUCUUAUCUCACUUACAUGAUCUCAUCAAUAUUUCACAUAGCAUUGAACUUCUCAUGGUAUUAACCUUGUCAUAAAGGAUUAAACAGCACAAGCGUAUCUCAUUUCUAUGCACAAAGUGCAACCUGGUAUUUAAAUGUAGGUUAGAGUUUCUACCUCUUGUGAUAGUUGAGGGAAUCCUGUUUGACCUUGACCUGACAAAUCCUCUGAUCAUUGCAAUAUUGAUCUGCCAGUUUCUGUUCCUCCACUACUUCAGGGUACUGUGCUUCAUGUUGUACAUGUUGUACAUAGUUCAUGUUGUACAUGUUGUACAUAGUUCAUGUUUUGUUUGUUGAAGCAAUUAUCAGGUCUGAGUUUUAAAAGGAUCUUUGUCACAGGAAUAUAUCAUGCUGCUUGUUCUAGAGGUAACAGGGAUGUGCAAAUCCAUGACCCAGGGGGAACAACUCUGUUUGUGAUUUGACCAAUGUAUAUAUAGAAUAUUUGAUGCAUUAUAGUCUUCACAAAGGCCUUUUUAAGGAUACGUUGUUGGGGUAGAUUCACUAGUUUACAAACGUUUACUGGAAUGUUGGCCCAUGACAUUUGUACAUGUAGCAAGGCUGUAAGACGUGUUUGUUUAUUCUUUUGCUGUCUAAUAACAUUGUGCUCAGCAAUGUUGAAAGCUGUCUGUAAAUAAUAGAGUCUGGACCAGACAUCCAGUGAUUGACAUCAUCACCAUCGAUCUACGCAAUUGGGAUACAAUAACAUGCAUCAGCCAGGUCAGCAAGCCUGACCACCUGAUCCCGUUUUUUAGUCACCUCUUACGACAAGCAAUGUCGCCUUGUAAGACAAGCAUGGUUUGCUGAAGACCUAUUCUAGCCUAGUUCUUCACGAGUCUGCGAGAUCUCAGAACCACAGGACAAUGAAAUGGCUGAACUUUGGUGCAAAUGUUUGACACCAAAUGCCAAAUGUUGAUGAUCAUUUUGUACUUCAUUUAAGCAUUUUGUGUACUUGUGUAUUUUUAUUGUAAUUUUAGUUGGCUGUCUGCAUGAUGAUGUUGAGUACUGAACACCCAGUACAUAUUCUGAAUAUCAUAUGCCGGGAACACAUCACUUACAGGAUAAGUUGAUUCUGGCAUGUUGCUACUAGAAGCAGCUGUACAACAAGCACAGCUUCAGUCUGAAACAGCUGUACAGUCCAAGAGUAACACAUCAUGUAGAAAAAGUUUUGUUUUCUUUUUACAUCAUUUGAAUAAACAAAGGUAGACAUGCAUACUAUUGUUUGAAACAGACACUCGUCUGUGUUAAGUUGGAAAGGACCUAUUGUAGUGUUGUUUGUUGUCUGGUGAAUGUGCCACACACCCAGUUUGUGCCAUAUUAAAUGUUGCUUGGUAUUUUAAGCCAGUAUUACAGGACUUGACAGUUGUGGAUGUUCAACUGUGUCCUCUAAGCCUUCUUACAGCAUUAUGGACCAAGCUUUGUAAGUAUUACGUUGUGCCAGUACUCAGUGAGGGUAGAUAUUCCAAGGAGGCUCCGCCAUGUAACUCACCAAGCAUGGCAAUGUAUGUACUGUCCUCCUACCAGAACAUGUAGCUUACUGGGAGUUACUGGUGGUUACUGAUGUACUAUCUGUUUGUUGUAGUAAUAAAUAAGCUUUAUUAUGGGCUUAGCUUUUGCUAAGACAAACUUGAGAAAUAUUUUCAAUUAUACAUUAGCAGGACAUAUGGAACACAAGCUGUUUUUAGCUGAUAAAAAGCGUUUUGAACAUGCAGAUGAUGAGAUGUGUUCAAUGUGUGCUACCUAGGUUAUUUAUUAUUUUAUAUGCCUAAAACAGAAUUGAAAGGCUUUAGAAUCAGUGUCUUAGUUUUUUUUAACCACAACAGUUGUAUUGAAAAAUGGCAGAGACAAGGAAAGAUAGAGAACUGUAUACCAAGUAGAGACUGAAAAGUGAACAUCCUCUGGAUUGGGAUGAUAUGAGUUUGGCCAGCUAGUAGGUAGUGUACUCAUAGACCUGGAGCAUCUCUGUGCCCACGUAUUAGCGUUGAGAAACUACAGAGAUUUGUGUAGAUCUUCUGUACAGAAAGUUAGAUAACUAUUGCUUGUUGUAUUUCAAAACCAAGCUGUGAAAAUGUAUUGUGUCAUCCUAUUCUGGCUGACAUAUUUAUUGAAUAUAUGAAUAGAAACAUGUUAUAUUUCAUUUAUAAUCAUUGUUUGCUUUUUAGCAAAUAAAUU